CUUGGGAGCCUGGGGGCCUGGGAGCCUGGGAGCUUGGCAGCCUGGGGGCCUGGGAGCUUGGGAGCCUGGGAGCCUGGGGGCCUGGGGGCCUGGGGGCCUGGGAGCCUGGGGGCCUGGGAGCCUGGGAGCCUGGGAGCCUGGGGGCCUGGGGGCCUGGGAACCUGGGAGCCUGGGGGCCUGGGAGCCUGGGAACCUGGGAGCCUGGGGGCCUGGGGGCCUGGGGGCCUGGGAGCCGGGGGCCUGGGAGCCUGGGGGCCUCGGGGUUUGGGGGUGACACAACCAUGA